AUGGAUACGAUCAACUAUACUGAUCCCCUAGUCAAUAUCUCUUCUUUAGUAAGUAACAGCACUCACAUUCUACUUCCAGACUCAAAAAACAGUCUGGUCAUAGCCCUUCCUUUGUUUAUAUCAUUUGUAAUUGGUACCAUCACUAAUGGCCUCUAUUUAUGGGUGUUAAAAUUCAAAAUGAAGAAGACCGUCAACACCCUCUUAUUUUUUCAUCUCAUUCUCUCAUAUUUUUUUUCAACAUUGAUUAUGCCAUUCAUGGCCAUUUCCUACCUUCAAAACAAUCACUGGAACUUUGGAACUGCCAUGUGCAAGGUCUUCAACAGCUCUUUAUCUGUGGGAAUGUAUGCCUCUGUGUUCUUCCUCUCAGCCAUCAGUCUUGAUCGUUAUCUUCUCACGCUCCACCCUGUGUGGUCACAGCUGCACCGAACCCCACGCUGGGCUUCCAGCAUCAUCCUGGGAGUUUGGAUCUCUGCCACUGCCCUCAGCAUACCCUACAUGGUCUUCAGAGAGACCCACGAAAAUCCUAAAGGAACAGUGAUCUGCCGAAAUAACUAUGCUGUAUCUGCUAACUGGAAAAGCACAGAGAUGGAAGCAUUGAGGAAAAGGAUUCACACAGCCUGUUUUGUUAGUCGCUUCUUGGUAGGCUUCCUUGUGCCUUUCUUCAUCAUUACAUUUUGUUAUGGGAGAGUAGCCCACAAGAUAAAAGAGAGGGGCCUGGUUAAGUCCAGCAAACCCUUCAAAGUCAUGAUGACAGCCGUUCUCUCUUUCUUCAUGUGUUGGAUGCCCUACCACAUAUUUCAGGGCUUAAGUCUAAGUAAGACCCAGUCACCAUUUUUGCAAUUGGUUCUGAUACUUACAGUGAUAACCACUUCUUUCAAUACUCUUUUUUCUCCCAUACUAUACUUAUUUAUUGGGGAGAACUUCAAGAACGUUUUCAAAAAGUCCAUCCUUGCACUGUUUGAAUCAACAUUCAAUGAGGAAUCUUCUUCAGAAAGGACACAAAACCUAAAUUCAGGAGCAGAAAUUUAA